GCGAAUCUCAGUCCCACAGUGUUAAACAUGCGGUCUGCCUUGGGACCCAGCAGUCCUGCUGCUGCCCUUACCGAAGCGCUGGAGAGCUCCGGCCGGCUAAUAGACAGACACCUUCAGGAUGACCGCUGCUUCCCUGACCUCUCAGAGCUUCUUAAUGUCCCCUCUCACAGUAAGUCAAGUAAUCGGCGGUGCAAGGUUGUAUGUUGUUGAAGUUUGACGAAUCAAUUAAUCUCACAGGACACUUUAGCCCUGAUAUUUUGGCUGUAGCCUACUUACUGUGUCUAGGGAGACUACAGCCACAUCUCAGGGCUUAGGCCACUUACCAAGGGGAUUUUCCCACUCUGUAUUGCAGACAUGCCAUCUUUGUCUGGGGGGUCAGACAUGGACUACCCUCUUCAGGGACCUGGGCUGAUCAGUGUGCCAAACCUCCCUGAGCUCAGUGCAGUCCGAAGGAUUCCCCUACCCCCUGAGCUGGUGGAGCAAUUCAGCCGUAUCCUUUUAAGAGAAUACACAGAGGGAGCUGUGUCCAGGUCUCACUCAUAGAACUCAGAAGUGCCUGUGCAGGAUUAUGUGAACUGUGUAAAACUAACCACCACUUCAGAAAAGUUGCCUAGCCCUUAACCUUCCCCUAACAGAUAUGCAGUGCAAUUGUAUGAUGGGAGUUUUUCCUGAAAUCUGUCGGGCAUGGCUCACUAUUGACAACGAUAUCUUCAUGUGGAAUUAUGAGGAUGGGUGAGUACCAAGCACUCAUAAAUUAAGUCACUUUAUACUCAUUUUGUUCUUAGAAAAACAUUGCAGGAGCAGUAAACAUGGACCCAUUUUUACUGACGCUGUCAUCACUUUGUUCCACAGGGGGGACGUUGCAUAUUUUGACGGGCUCAGUGAAACCAUCCUGUCCGUGGGGCUGGUCAAACCUAAAGCAGGUGAAAUGGCAACACUCGUUUGCCUGAGCAGUGUUUCCUAUAUUAAAAGUUACAACAGCCCUGUAGGUGUUUGGGUUAAAGGCCCAGUGCUGUCAAAAAUGUGAUUUUCCUGUGUUAUAUAUCCACCUACCCACCGGACAGUUUAUUAGGUACACCCAUCUAGUACUGGGUCGGACCCCCCUUUCCCUCCAUAAAUCUGAAUUCUUCGGGGCAUGGAUUCUACAAGGUGUCGGAAAAGUUAGUUGCUCAAUUGGUAUCAAGGGAUCUAACGUGUGCCAGGAAAACAUUCCACACACCAGUACACCACCACCGCCACCAGCAUGUACCAAUGACACCAGGCAGGAUGGGUCCAUGGACUCAUGCUGCUUGCGCCAAAUCCUGAUUCUGCCAUCAGCAUGACGCAACAGCAUUCGUCGGACCAGGCAAUGUUUUUCCACUCCUCAAUUGUCCAGUGUUGGUGAUCGCGUGCCCACUGGAGCCGCUUCUUCUUGUUUUUAGCUUAUAGGAGUGGAACAUGGUGUGGUCGUCUGCUGCAAUAACCCAUCCGUGACAAGGAUCAACAAGUUGUGCGUUCCGAGAUGCCGUUCUGCACACCACUGUUGUACUGCGUCGUUAUUUGUCUGUUUGUGGCCUGCCUGUUAGCUGGCACGCUUCGUGCCAUUUUACUUAGACCUCUCUCAUCAACAAGCUGUUUUCACCCACAGGACUGCCGCAGAUUGGAUGUUAUUUGUUUGUUGCGCUAUUCUCGGUGAACCCUAGACACUGUUAUGCGUGAAAAGCCCAGAAGGGUGGCCGUUUCUGAGAUACUGGAUCCGGCACGCCUGUCACCGACGAUCAUACCACGCUCAAAGUCACUUAGGUCACUCGUUUUGCCCAUUCUAACGUUCAAUCAAACAGUAACUGGAUCCCUGUCUGCCUGCUUUAUAUAGCAAGCCAUGGCCAAGUGACUCACUGUCUGUAGGAUCGAUCCAUUUUCGUGAACAGGGUGGUGUACCUAAUAAACUAUUUCCACACAGGCUGGAAUAUUUCUGUGAAAUUGUGAAAAGGAUGAUAAUGCCCUAUUAGUGUAAGAGCAGUUUGAAAAAUAUCCCUGAUAUUUCAACCUGUUAUGGAAUAGUGUUUUUGCCUGCCUGGUGACACCACCAGGCUGUAAAUUAGUUAAUAGACCAAUAAGAAAGUGUUCCAAACCUCUGCCAAAAACAGCUAGUUUUCCCCUCUUCACUCAGACCACUCCCAGACAGUCCUAGCAAAAUUCUUCCUUGAGAAAUUGCUCUUUGCUAAGAAGCUAUUUUUGUGUCUUGUUUUCAAUUUAAAUGGUCAAAAGUCAGUGUAAGGUACUUAAUUGUUACCCAGAAAUCAUUUGAUAUUGAGAUAAAAACGGCUGCAUUGGACCUUUUUAACUUAAGCCACAGGAUCCAAUUUUUUCCACAGGGAUUUUCCAGCCACACAUCCACUUCCUGUUGGUCCUAGCCACUCCUGUGGAUGUAGUGAUCCUGGGGCUCAGCUUCCCUAAAGCUCAGGCAGGUGAGUAAUGAUGAUCCUCCUAGACUUGAAGCACACACCAGACACACACACCCCUGGUGUCAUCAAUUUGGCAUACAGUUUGGAAAUUGUUUGAUUUGGUUUAGAUUGACAUGAUUGUGUUGUUGGUAUUUGUAUUGAAUUCCUACUCCAGUCUCCUUUUCACAUCAUUUAACACCUGAUUUACUUAACGGGAUACUUUGGGACUUUGGCAAUGAUGCCCUUUAUCUACUUCCCCAGAGUCAGAUGAACUUGUGGACACCAUUUUUGUCUCUGCGUGCAGUUUCAAGGAAGUUGCUAACUAGCUCUAGCGCAAUUGCUAACUAAGCAUGCUUGCAGAUACCCAUAGACUUCCAGUCAUUGCGCUAAUGCUAGUUAGCAUUGGCUCGCGAAACUACCUCUAACUUCAUUCAUACUUGCCAGAGAGACAUAAAAAUGGUAUCCACGCGUUCAUUUGACUCUCGGGAAGUAGAUAAAACUCCUCAUUGCCAAAAUUCCGAAGUAUCCCUUUAACAAAAGGCACAUCUCAAUAGGUGGUCCGGGUAUCCUGAUGACAUGGCACAAGUGGGGGGUGGUGGGCUUUUCCUUUUUUGUUCUCUAUUGCUCCUCAAGCAAGAGGGGAGGCCGAUGACAUCAGUCACCAUCAGUCCAACUCCUUGAGUGCCCUACUCCUUGAAAUUUGCAGUUGCCUAAAACCCCCCCCAAAAACAUAUAUAUUUUUAACCCUUUAGUGUGGGUGCGUACUUAACUGGUUUUAUACUUGGGAUAUCACUUUUCAACAGGAAAAGUUAAAAAAAUCACUGGAGGACGUCUUUAACCCACCAUGGGCUACUUCAGAAAUCGAUCUUCUCUCUCUCAACUUCUCUCUUUCUUUCCUCUAUUCCUCUCUUUAUCAGGGUUGAAUGACAGCAUGUCUGGAGGGAUGCAGUUGCUCCCAGACCCGCUGUACUCCAUCCCCACAGACAACACCUACCUCCUGGCCAUCACCUCCACUGACCUGGGCCGCAUCUUCCUGGCAGGGAAAGAUGGCUGCCUGUAUGAGGUAGCCUACCAGGCCGAGGCAGGCUGGUUCAGUCAACGCUGUAAGAAGAUUAACCAUUCCAAAAGCAGCCUGUCCUUCCUCGUCCCCUCUCUGCUCCAGUUCUCCUUCUCUGAGGACGGUAAGGAUAGUUCAGAGGCUCCUUGUGGAAUUGGAACUUUCUUAUGCUCUAGUUCUUGAAUUGAAUUUGACAUAACUUUUCUAUCUUUGUGCUCCACAGACCCGGUUGUGCAGAUUGCCAUUGACAACUCCCGUAACACACUCUUCACCCGCUCAGAGAAGGGGGUUCUACAGGUACACAACCCAUAAGAUUUUAACAAUUUGAAUGGUAGCACUGUAGUAAAUAUCCAUAUGUUUUUAUGUGAGGAUUUGUGGAAUAGGAUGUUGCUUUGGUUAGAACUUUUUCAGACAUUUGAAAAGGUUGUACUAAUUAAGACACGGGUUCCCAAACAUUUUUUGUCCACGACAUUAUGUAAUUAAAAGCCAAUGUUUACUUUUUUAUUUGAGACUGUUGCAGUCAAUUGCAAAUUGGUCUGACAUAAUGUCUCAUAUCUCAUCACCACUGAUGAGAUGGGUGUGCUUGAUGCAUGUCGCGUCGGAGCUUCUCAAAGUCAGGGGGUGUGGUUAACAGUGCACACCUCAUGUCUGCUGUCACAUCCAACCUGGAUCGAUAUUUGGUUUUAAUGCAGACGAGAGCACUGCUGAUUCCAGCUUCACACAGAUCUGAGCUGGCGUAGGGUACCAAAAGUUUUAACGCUCUGAGGGAGAUGGCAGUGUAUUCCCUUUGAGUCAGGAACCAAAGCUCCUCCGUAAUGACCCGUGAAAGCUUUGUCUGCAGCAUACGGUCACAUGACACCUUUUCCCACGGUCUAAGGGCACUGGUAGAAUUGUAUCUUUUAGAUUUAAAUAAUUUUCAUUUAGAUUUAUAAGGUUAACCACAUUACAAUGAUUUUGAGAUACAAUGACGAUAUAUAUUUUAAAAUGUAAUUUAUUUUUUAAAAAUAUCUGGAUUUUGGAAAUUCUCCCGCGACCCCAUUUUCAUAUCUGGUAACCCCCAGUUUGGAAAACACUGAAUUAGGACCCUGAGUUUAAAGCUGAUGUUGUCUGUUCCAGGUGUAUGAUCUGGGUGUGGAUGGGCAGGGUAUGAGCCGUGUGGCAGCCAUGUCACAGAGUUCCAUCGUGGCUGCAGCAGGAAACGUUGCCAGGUUUGUCAGCUACUCCUCACCUCUGGUUAAAUCCAGAGUGCUAGUGAAUGGUUGAAAUGGGUCAAAGCUCAUCACUGCUUAAGAACAAUUCAAAUGAAUCUCUUUAUUUUAUAUCGCUCUCUAUAGGACCAUAGAUCGCUCUGUGUUUAAACCCAUCGUACAGAUCUCUGUGAUAGACAGAUCGGAGUCGUCUGACUGCCACCUGCUGGCUGUCACUCAUGCAGGUAAGGAGACGGACUGACAUGGGAGAGGAAAUAAAGGUCAUACUGACAUUAUUUUCAUUACAGAAUAACUAUCUACGAAGACCUCAAAGACCUUACUGUAGCUCUCCAUCUCUGCUUGUAGGAGUGCGUCUCUACUUCAGCACCACUCCCUUUGCCCCACCACAUGCCAAGCACCCAGCGGCACGCCCUAGUCUGCUAGCUCUGGUCCAUGUCCGCCUGCCUCCAGGCUUCUCUGCCUCCUCCACCCUGCAGAAGCCUGCCAAGGUCCACAAGGCUCUGCACAGCAAAGGUAAAGCCACUCUGCAGUCUAAACGCUAUCCUGUUAUAAUGGGUCCUCCUAGCAUCACCCUAUAGGUUAAAGGUUUACUCAUGUGUCUCUGGUGUUGAUCCCUACAGGAGUUCUCCUGAUGGCAGCGUCUGAGACGGAGGACAGUGACAUCCUGUGGUGUAUCAACCAUGACUCCUUCCCCUUUAAGAAACCCCUGAUGGAGGCUCAGGUGGGAGCUGACGGAGUUAGGGUCAUAGUUGGGGUCCUGAGUGGCGCAGUGGUCUAAGGCACUGCAUCGCAGUGCUAACUGUGCCACUAGAGAUCCUGGUUCGAAUCCAGGCUCUGUCGCAGCCGGCCGCGACCGGGAGACUCAUGGGCGGCGCACAAUUGGCCCAGCGCCGUCCAGGGUAGGGGAGGGAAUGGCCGGCAGGGAUGUAGCUCAGUUGAUAGAGCAUGGCGUUUGUGGGUUCGAUUCCCACGGGGGGCCAGUAUAAAAAAUAAAUACAUAUGUAUUCACUAACUGUAAGUCGCUCUGGAUAAGAGCGUCUGCUAAAUGACCAAAAAUGUAAAAAAAAUGUUUAAAAAAAUAAUAGUUAAUUAGAAAUAUAAAACCCGAUCUACGAUGUCCUGUCAACCCAGCUUACUUUGCAAAUGCUACGAUUUAGAUUUCUUUAAAUGUAGUAUUUGUUUGACUUCAAAGAAUAUUGUAGCUCAUAUUGUCUGUAUAUCAUUGCAGAUGAUGUCCAAUGUAGAUGGCCACUCCUGGGCACUUUGUGCCAUCGAGGAGGAGAAAGCACCUAAAAUCUCUACCCCCCUGAAUAAGGAUCAGGUUCCCCUCACUGACUCUCCUGUCGUGGUGCAGCAACACAAUGUUCCUCCACAGAAGUUUGUCCUUCUCUCUGCUAAGGUACAGUCGAGAUUUUACGGCUUCGUUUGUACUGCGUGAAUGGCACUGUACAUUCACACAGUCAAUUAAACGUGUUCAGUCCUGUCUGUAGUUUUGUGAACAAACAUCUAUAAAUGGGUUGUUAUUCAUGGUCCCCCAGGGAAGUCACAUCUUCCACAAGUUGCGGCCGGUGGACCAGCUACGCCACCUAUUGGUGAGCGGUACUGGUGGAGAGAGUGAAGAAAUCGAACGCUUCUUCAAACUGCACAGGGUAGGAAUCUCUCAUUCCUCAUUGUCUUGUUAGUGCAAGCACCACUACACACACGCUCUCUUUAUUUCUCUGUUUGUUGAUCUAACCCUCUCCUCUUCCCCUCAGGAGGAGCAGGCGUGUGCCACUGCUCUGAUUCUGGCCUGCUCCAGUGCUGCCUGCGACAGAGAAGUGUCUCAGUGGGCCUCCAGAGCCUUCUUUAGGUAUGGAGGAGAGGCUCAGAUGAGGUUCGCCUCGGCUCAUUCUGCUCCUAGCAACGUUGGCGCGCUGUUCGGCUCUCCUGUACCAGGUGAGGGGCAUCUGAGGAAGGAUUUCUGCUUGAAGCCAAAUUCCCAUUCCCAUUCGUUGUAGCAUGCCAAUGGCAAUAAUGUCCUAGUCGAAAUUCCUUGUAUAAGUUGGACGGCGUGCAUUGCAAUUAGCCUGCGCGUGAAUGAGAAGUUGUCUGUCUGCAUCACUUGUCUUACUCCCUUCCUGUUGUUUUAGGAUCCCCUAUGCCUGUUGGUAGCAGUCCCAUGCCUAACCCUAGUUUCUUAGCUACGCCUGCUCCAGGUACACAGUCCUCCUUUUUAUUUUUAAUAUGUUUGCAGAGUGCCUUGCCGUCAACAGUACUCAACACAUUCACCCACUGAAUAUUGGCAACAUUCGAGUGUUUAAUGUCAGUGUGUCUGCCUUGACAACAAUCUCUCAGGUAUGAUGCCCCAGAGUGUGUCUACGCCCUAUAUACCCACCACGCCCAUGUCCUCCGCCCCCAUCACUGGCAUGUCCUCUGGGCCAGAGGUGGUCUUCUCAGGGAAACACAAUGGCAUCAGUGUCUACUUCACACGCAUACUGGGGUCAGUCACCUCCCCUGGAUAGCGUACUUUACUCAGGCCUCACCUCCAUACUUGGGAAAUGCCGUUUUUUUACUUUGUACUGGACUGAGAGACAUUAUUCAUAUGUUUCACUUAUAGCAUGGCUAUAGUGACUUCACUAACUUGUGAACAUUAUUGAUUAACAGUAAUAUCUGGGAUGGGAGUCUUGCUGUUGAGAAGACCAUCAGUAAAGGAAAUCAGGCUGUCAGUAUUGUGAGUAUCACAUUAACAGCAUAUUACAGUCUUCCUUUGCGAGUAAAUUUGAUGAUGAGGAUGAUCACUCUCUCUUUCACUCUCUCUCCCCCAGUUGGAGAGCACAGCCAGCUCAUCUGAUCUGGAGUUAGUUCUUCUGGAGCUUCGUGGUCUGAAGGACUUCCUGGAUAAGAACUCCCAGUUCAGUCCCUCAUCUCUGGGGUCAGCCAGGUAAGACAGACCCUUGGGCCCUGCAUCUCCCCAUGGCCAAGACCUGGGCUGGCUGCUUUAUGGGAGGUACUAUAUAUCCACACUUCUAUGGUCAUCUGGUUAAAUAAAUACUGUUGGAUUUGAUUUGCAUGUUGAACUCCACCCAUCUGCAGUUUCAGCUCUCCAGCCAAUCUGCAGCAGCGGCUGUUGGGUUUCAUGCGGCCUGAUGGAGGAGCCAGUUCUCAGCAGGUCCAGCAGGAGCUCCAGAGGAAGUACCACAGUACGUAAUUUGUGGAUGUUAAUUAAACUGCCAUCCAAAUCAAGGAGCAAUGAGAAUGACCGCAUUAUCGGAGUAGAAUCCUAACACCAAUGAGAACACACUAUUCUUGAAUUUUGUGGUCUCUGUGACCGUUACUAAUCUUUCUCUCUCCCCCGUCCCCAGCCGAGGCUCAGGCUUAUGAGAAGAUGUCCCUUCAGGGUAUCCAACAGCUGGUGCAUCGCUCCUGUCAGACCCUGGCCCUGUGGAAGCUGCUGUGUGACCACCAGUUCAGCCUCAUCAUCUCUGAACUACCCAUGGUGAGCUCCAGAUCCAUGACCUCACUUGGUACUGGUUUCCCGGACACAGAUUAAGCCUAGUCCAUUCUCCGUUAGGACUGCUGUCAGUCAGACUAAUUAAUCUAAUUGGUUAAUCAUCCAACACACACUCCCCUCCGUAUUUAUUUGGACAGUGAAGCUAAAAUGUGUAAAUUUUGCUCUAUUCUCCAGCAUUUUGGAUUUGAGAGAAAAUGUUUCAAAUGAGGCGGCAGUACGUACAGAAUGUCACCUUUCAUUUGAGGGUAUUUUAAUACAUAUCUGUUUUACCGUUUACAAAUGAAAGCACUUUAUGUAUCUAGUCCCCCCCCAAAAUGCUAACUUUCCCUAUUAUUGGUAAUGGUGAGAGGUUAGCGUUUUGGUGGGGUAUGAUCUUUGUUCCUCUAACUUUCUCAUUCAUCAUUAGUCAUGAUUCAUUCAUGAUUAUCCAUAAUCAUGGUAGCAUCCACAUUCAUGUAGAAGUGUUCAGAAACAUCUUCUAUUAUUAUUUACAAUGAAAGUGACUCCAAAAUGACAAUACAUUAUUUAUCAUUAAUUUGUAUUGGGCACAACCAUAAUCCGAAAUGCAACCAAAACGAACUGCAAAUGCAUCCAACAAGUUUGUAGAGUCACAAGCUUGAUGUAGUCAAGGAAUAUGGGACCAAAUACUAAACUUGUAACUAUACUGAACAAAAUAUAAACGCAACAUGUAAAGUGUUGGUCCCAUGUUUCAUGAGCUGAAAUAAAAUAUCCCAGAAAUGUUCCAUAUGCACAAAAACCUUAUUUCUCUCAAAUUUUGUGCACAAAUGUGUUAACAUCCCUGUUAGUGAGCAUUUAUCAUUUGCCAAGAUAAACCAUCCACCUGACAGGUGUGGCAUAUCAAGAAGCUGAUUAAACAGCAUGAUCAUUACACAGGUGCACCUUGUGGUGGGGACAAUAAAAGGCCACUCUAAAAUGUGCAGUUUUGUCACACAAAACAAUGCCACAGAUGUCUCAAGUUUGAGAGAGCGGGCAAUUGGCAUGCUGACAGCAGGAAUGUCCACCAGAGCUGUUGCCAGAGAAUUGAAUGUUCAUUUAUCUACCAUAAGCCGCCUACAACGUUGUUUUAGAGAAUUUGGCUGUACUUCCAACCGGCUUCACAACUGUAGACCACGUGUAACCACGCCAGCCCAGGACCUCCACAUCCGGCUUCUUCAUCUGCGGGAUUGUCUGAGACCAGCCACCGGACAGCUGAUAAAAAUGAGGAGUAUUUCUGUCUGUAAUAAAGCCCUUUUGUGUGGAAAAAUAAUUCUGAUUGGCUGGGCCUGGCUCCCUAGUGGGUGGGCCUGGCUUCCAAGUGGGUGGGCCUAUGCCCAGUCAUGUGAAAUCCAUAGAUUAGGGCCUAAUGAAUUUAUUUAAAUUGACUGAUUUCCUUUAUGAACUGUAACUGAGUAAAAUCGUUGCAAUUGUUAAAUGUUGCGUUUAUUUUUGUUCAGUAUACUUUAAUACUCUAAGUGCAUUUUUUCCAAAUACUUCUUAGGAAAAAAAUUAAUAAAGUGCAUUCAUGAAAAUAUGUAUGAAAAUCCCCUCAAAUAAAAGGUGACAUUUUGUACUGUCGCCUCAUAUGAAACAUUUGAUCUCAAAUCCUAAAUGCUGGAUUAUAGAGACACAUUUCUAUGUUUUAGCUUCACUGUCCAAAUAAAUACAGAGGAGGGUGUAUAUUUCUGAAGUCUUUUGUAAAGACGUCUCCCUUGUAUCCUGUUUAUAACCCGUGUUUGACUUGUGUAAUAGGAGUUCCAGGACCAGAUGAAGGGGGCGAGUUUUAAGGACGUGGUGAUCCGGGGUCGAGAGCUGACCGGAGCUCUGAUCACAGCCCUCAUCAACGUCUACAUCAAAGACUCUGCCUCUGUAGAUGCCAUAAGCAACCACCUUAGAGACAUCUGCCCUUUGCUGUACAGCAGCGACGACAGCGUCUGCUCAAAGGUAGUCUACAAACACAGUGUUUUUAGUUGUCUAUAUGACAGGGAAGAUGUCCAUCAGAUUUUGGCUACGAAGUUCAUUCUCAUCUGCAGUCCCUGGGCAAAGUUUGAAUAGCAUCCACUGUUGCCUCCUCUGUCUUCUUUAUCCUUUUAUAACUGUAUCUGAGAACAAAAUCUCCCCUCCCUCUGUCCCUCCCAGGCUAAUGAGUUGCUGCAGGGCUCCAGACAGAUCCAGACUAAGACAGAUAAGGAAAGAACACUGAGAGAGUCACUACAGCUCUACCAGCUGAUCAGCCAGCACACAGACCUGCCACUGGUCUGCUCCCAGUACCGACAGGGUAAGGCUCCACACACACACACCUGCCCAUCACACUAAUACUAUUUGAAAUGUCCCUGACUCUUCAUGCUUAGCGUGGAUGGGAUGCUAAGGGUGUUUCUCUCCUCUCCUUUCUCUCAGUGCGUUUUUAUGAGGGGGUGCUGGAGCUGUGCCUGACUGCAGCGGAUAAGAAGGAUCCUCAGAAGCUGGGACCUCACUUCUAUAAGAACGGAGAGCCAGAGGAGGACCAUGCUGGAGCACUGGCCUUCCAGGAGAGGUAACUAACCAACUACCUGUUCACAUUGAUCAUGAGACUGCGGUGGAUAUCUGCUAAGGGACGUCCUGGCCCUUUUAUUUCUCCCUUGUGUUGACAUUGACUGACCACCCCCUCCUCUCCUCCUGUAGGUUGUCAUGUUAUAAGUGCAUCACAGAUACCAUGCAGGAGCUGGUGAACCAGAGUAAAGCUGCUCCUCAGUCUCCCAGUGUCCCUAAGCAGCCAGGACCCCCUGUUAUGACCUCUGACCCCAACAUGUUGAGUAAUGAGGACGCCACCGCCCAUGUGAGUGCUGCGGGGAGGAGAAUGUUGCCAGCAAUAGGAAUAAUACAAUAAUUAUUUUAUGUUAAAUAAUUAAUUCAUGCUAUGAAUGAGCUGUCUCGUGAUGUUCUUCUCUUUCUCCCUGGUAGUUUGAGCAGGUCAUUGGUCUGGCCCAGAGGUCACAGGAUGAACUCUUCCACAUAGCCCUCUACAAUUGGCUGAUACAGGCUGACCUCACCGACAAGCUUCUGGAGGUAAGAACCUUCUAGCAUUGUCCCACAGUCACGGCCUGAGAUGCCUUGUUCUUUAUAGUAUAUUGCAUUUAACUGGUCUUUCAUUGUGGUUUAUUAUCCUCCCUCUCUGUCCUCUAUCCAGGUGAACUCUCCGUACCUGGAGGAACACCUGAUGCACAUGAUCAAGCAGGACCAGAGUAAGGUGCGGAACAUGGACCUGCUGUGGAGAUACUAUGAGAAGAGCCGUAGCUUUGGCAAGGCAGCUCAUGUCCUGGCCAGGCUCGCUGACAUGCACAGGUAAGACCUAACAGCCCCCGAGUCUUGAUGAGCCAUUUACACACUGGUCCUGUGUGGCUCAGUGGCAGAGCAUGGCGCUAACACUGACGUAUGAAAAUGUCCUCGUUCAUGUUGAUUCUGAGCAAUGUUAAAUAUGAACAUAUUAUACGUGUGUCUUUCUGUGUGCGUGUGCAGUACUGAGAUCUCCCUGAAGCAGAGGCUGGAGUACAUCUCCAGGGCCAUCCUGUCAGCCAAGAGCUCCUCCUGCAUCUCUGCUCAAGGAGCUGAGGGGGAGUUUCUGCAUGAGCUGGAGGAGAAGAUGGAGGUACGGGGAGAGGAAAUAACUACUCACUGAAUUAUUAGGUUUUUAGGUUUUGGCCCCUUUGAUAAGGUUUAGAUUUGGGCUCUGUCAACUCAAGCUGAUAUUGUUUGUCCUGAUUCCAAGGUGGUGCGUAUUCAGGUCCAGAUCCAGGAGACUCUGAGUAGACGGUACUCCCAGCAUCCCUCUGUACAGGGAGCCAUGUCACAACUGGAUUCCGAGCUUAUGGACAUCACCAAGGUAACGGUGCAUGAAUAUCUAACAUUACCCCUCACUCCAAUAGUUCUGUUUGGUAAUACAUUUUCCUCCCUUAGAGUAAAUGUUUUAAUACCCCUGUCCUUUUUCUUCCUAUCUAGUUGUAUGGGGAGUUUGCAGAUCACUUCCGGUUGUCUGAAUGCAAAUUGGCCAUCAUCCAUUGUGCUGGUCACUCUGACCCCAUCCUGGUGCACUCUCUGUGGCAGGAGAUCAUGGAGAAAGGUGUGUACAGACAAAUGCACCUAAAGUUAUCCAACGCGUUUGUCUCUGACGCUUUGCUCUAAUAGAGAUGUAUAGAGAUUGCAACGUUGUAUCUCUCAAUGGUGCUGCCCGUGUGCUCAGGCGCCAUAAUGGGACAGAUACAACGUUGCGAUCUCUAUGCGACAUUAGGGAAAGAAUAAGGAAGUGGAUAGAAUAUCGUUUUUUAUAAUUAUCAGAGAAAUUAACACAUUUUGUAAAAGAUUGAUUACUAUGUAUAGCUUUAACACUAUUAAUGACCAACCACCCAGUUUCGGAGGAGUUAGGUCUAUUGUACUCCUGAGUGGCGCAGUGGUCUAAGGCACUGCAUCGCAGUGCUAACUGUGCCACUAGAGAUCCUGGUUCGUAUCCAGGCUCUGUCGCCGCCGGCCGCGACCGGGAGACUCAUGGGCGGCGCACAAUUGGCCCAGCGUCGUCCAGGGUAGGGGAGGGAAUGGCCGGCAGGGAUGUAGCUCAGUUGAUAGAGCAUGGUGUUUGCAACGCCAGGGUUGUGGGUUCGAUUCCCACGGGGGGCCAGUAUAAAAAUAAAAAAUGUAUUCACUAACUGUAAGUCGCUCUGGAUAAGAGCGUCUGCUAAAUGACUAAAAUGUAAAAUGUAAAAUGUAAAAAAUGUACCGGGAGACUUCACACAAUUGCGCUAAACUAACAAUAUGCUAGCUUCAAUAAUCUCCAAACUGCACUCAAACAUAAAAAUGGUAUCCAUGAGUUUGUCUAGCUCUGGGUAAGUAGAUAAACAACCGAAAUCUCAAAAUCCCGCAGUAUGCCUUUAAGUAGCUGUCAUUUUGACUUUAUUCCAGAGCUGGGUGACGGUGUGGCCAUGAGUCCAGCCGACAGAAUGAGAGCUCUGAGUCUCAAACUGGUGUCUCUGGGAAAGAUCUACGCAGGAACACCCAGAUACUUUCCACUAGGUAAAACCACAGGCCUACUUUCAUUUAUUCUGCCAAUUAUUUCUCUACUGAUUUUCCUCUAUGUAAGACAUCCAUACUUCGUGUAAUUACAUUAGCAGUUCAUUAUGUCAACAUGUAUGUCUCUAAGGUGUUAUGUCUAUUGGGUCUGGAUGUUGAAUCUGUAAUUGCUUAAUUAUCCACCAACGCCGUGGCCUGUCCUAGUUUCUCUACGACCAUUGAACUACAGAGAUCUGUUGCACGGGCAAAUUGUUUUAAUGUACAGUACUGAUUGCAAUUUUCCACUGUCUUGUGUCUCCAGAAUUUCUCGUUAAGUUUUUGGAGCAGGAGGUGUGUCGUCUGAACUGGGACGUGGGCUUUGUCACCUUCACCAUGCAGGAGAUAGGAGUACAGCUGCCCCGUCUGCUGGAGGUCUACGACCAACUCUUCAAGACACGGGUAUAUCUCUCAAUUAAAUUAAAUAACCUUUUCAUCCCGGAGGGGCAAUUAUUGUUGGCAGGUAUGGGAUACAAAUGGAUUAAGAUGCCCUCAAUAAUAAAGGGUUAUUAUGAAUUCAGAUUUUGCACCUGUUUAACUUGGGCAUUAUUUGAUUAAUAAGGAAAGGUUCCGUACACAUAAAAAGACUGUGGCUAUGUGUCUCACAGGAUCCGUGUUGGCAGCGUCUGAAGAAACCUCUCCACCUGGUAGAGUGCAUCCAUGUGCUGCUGUCAGGAUAUGUAGAGGACCCCAGCAGAGUACCAACAUAUGACCGGUAACUAACCAAUCGCCAAGUGUGCUAACCGUCGCUGCUGUCUUCGUUAGCAAACAUAUCAACCUGCAUACAUAGUCAUGACAAUUAUUGUUUGUAACAUGUUUAAAAUGUAUCUGUAGUUUAUCUAAUAUGCUCUGUCUAACUCAUAUUUCUCUCUCUCCCCAUCAGACGGCGAUUCACUAACGUGUGUCUGGAUAACAUCUGUGGUUACCUGGUGGAGCUGCAGUCCCUGAGUCCUAACUCUGCCCUGCGGCUCACCAUCGGCAACUUCAAGGCCCUGCAGGCCAAGCUGGAGAAAGUUCACUGA